AUGGCCCCCUCCCUCGUUGAUAAUGUCGCCCUCCGCGCGGCGCCGGUGGCCAAGUUGAAGACCGACGCCGGGUUCAACAAGGAGAACGUGAUUGGAUACGGUGAGACAUAUGAGCAUGAGAACGAGAUCAAGGGCACGGCGAAGCAGCCUCCCGCCGCCUUCCCUAAUUACCUUCCUGUCUGGGAUAACGAGACUGAAAGAUAUCCUCCAUUGACCCCCUUCGAGCACUACGAUCACGGCAAGGACGCGGACCCAUCCUUCCCCGAUCUGCUGCCCAAGGACAAGGCGCAAGUGGAUCACCUCACCCCAACGAUUGGCAGUGAAAUCCGCGGUGUGCAAUUGAGUCAGUUGACGAAGGAAGGCAAAGAUCAGCUGGCACUAUAUGUAGCCCAGAGGAAGGUCGUAGCCUUCCGCGACCAGGACUUCGCACACCUCCCCAUCGACCAAGCCCUGGACUUCGGCAGCUACUUCGGCCGCCACCACAUUCAUCAAACCUCUGGCGCCCCCAAGGGCUACCCGGAGAUCCAUCUGGUGCACCGCGGCGCCGACGACACAAGCGGCGCGGAUUUCCUCGCCACGCGGACAAAUACCAUAACAUGGCAUUCGGAUGUUACCUUCGAGAAGCAGCCUCCCGGCACAACCUUCCUGUAUCUGCUGGAUGGGCCGACGACUGGAGGAGAUACGCUGUUCGCCGACAUGGCGCAGGCAUACAAGCGGUUGUCGCCGGAGUUCCGUAAGCGGCUGCAUGGGCUCAAGGCCGCUCACUCUGGCAUCGAGCAGAUCAACAACAGCUUGAACAGAGGGGGUAUUGCCCGUCGCGAGGGGAUCACAUCAGAGCAUCCGAUUGUUCGAACUCAUCCGGUAACCGGAGAAAAAGCCCUCUUUGUUAACCCGCAAUUCACCCGCUACAUCGUGGGAUACAAGAAAGAGGAGUCAGACAUGCUCCUCAAGUUCCUGUACGACCACAUUGCCCUUUCGCAGGAUCUGCAGGCGCGUGUCCGAUGGCUUCCUGGAACGGUCGUUGUUUGGGAUAACCGUGUUGUCGCGCACUCUGCUCUCUUCGACUGGAUCGACGGACAGAGACGGCACUUGGCAAGAAUCACUCCCCAGGCCGAGGCGCCAUAUGAGACGCCUUUCGAUAAUGAAUGA